GGAGGCUGAGGGGAGACCUCAUCAGUCUCUACAACCACCUGAAAGACACAGCAGUGAAGAAAGACUAUGUAAGAAACCACCCUCUUACAGCAGCUGUAGUAGGGGAGUUCUGGGCUGUGUGAUUAUCCACCUCUCUUACCCUGCUGGGAUUGGACUCCAUGGAACUCUGGUGAUUAGACUGUUCCUCACACUUGUCAUCAUGUUGGCAGAAGGCAUCUUAACUAGACUCAUCUAUAAAGAAAGCUGUCAGCAAGAUAAGCCUCGCAGAUCUCCUGCAUCCAAGAAGGACAAAGAGAGAAUCUGGAGAGAGAAACUUGUAGACAGCCCCAAAAUUAAAGGCUUUGCUGGUGGCCUGGAGGAGCAGGAUGAGAUCUCUGCUAGAAACAGCAAAAUGGAACGUGGGAGUGGUUCUCAGGGGAGAUCUGGGAAAGAGGUACCUGCCAAAGAGCUUGUGAAAGGAGCCACAUCAACAGCUUUGCCUAUCCCCUGGAGAGAGCAAAGCCUUGAGCAGCUGGAUCUCUAUAGAUCCUGCUCCUGUUCCUGCAUUUACCAGAACUAUCCUGACCUGCACAUCGGGGGACACCACGUGGGGGACCACGCGUGUGACUCGGGGUGUGUUUUGGACCAAGCGUGUGAUGAACUUCCUGAUGGGCCCGUUUUACUGUCCAUAGAUAUUCCUCUAGGUGAAUCCCCCCUAUGUGAGCAUCCCCAAAAGGCACAUGCAAGGUCCCUGGCUGGAGAUGAAGCUGGAGAAAAGAGCAUCGUGCUCUGUGAGGAGCCUCUUUCAAACUCUGUGCUCAACAAGUACAUGGAAAGAAAAGUGGCAGAGCUCUACAAACAGGUUUUUGAAGAACACUUGGCCAGGUGUGGUUCUGUAACAAACCUCCUCAUGUGCAGCUUGAUAAGGAAUAACCUCAAUCAGAUAAGCUUUCAGAUAUCCCAGGAGAUAGAAACCUCCAAAGCCAGAGAGGUGCUCUUGCACUCCUUGGCUUUGUUUAGUUUCCACAACACUGCCAGUAGAAGCAGCUCUGAGCUCAGUACUCCCAACUUACAGAUCUCCAACCCAGCAGCUGUGAGGAAGAGCUGCAGGGUGCAGGUCACCUCCUGACUGACCUGCUGAGGAAGACAACUUGGAUACAAAUAUUUCACUCUGAGGGUUAGGUUGGGAAAUGAAAACCAUUUGCACACUACAGACCUUUCCAAAUGACUGUUUUAAGGCUCAAACCCUACUUUGUUAGCAGAGGAAGUAAAAGGUCACUGGGACUGGAACAGGCUGCCCAGAGAUGUUGUGGGGGCUCCAUCCCUGGCAGUGUUGAAGGGCAGGUUGGAUGGGGCUUGGAGCAGCCUGGGCUGGUGGGAGGUGUCCCUGCCCAUGCAGGGGAGUUGGAACCAGAUGAUCUUGAAGGUCCCUUCCAACUCAAAAAGUGUUGUGAUUCUGUUUUCUUCUAAUAGAGAAUUUGAAUGGAUUUCUCUCUAAAAUGCUACUCAACUCUGUUUUCAUAAUGUGUAUGUGCUCCUCCUAAGACUUGGGCUGUAUGACUAUCUGUACUCAGGUGCCAUUGGAUUUACUCCAGCAAGGAAAAUCAGCCAAGGUGUGUGCUGGUAAAACUGUGCUCCAAGAGACUGCUCCACCCAGCCUGGAAGUAGAAGAGCCAAAUUGUCUUUGUGGGACUUUGCAUUGGGCUGUAUGGUUGAAGCCAAAGUUCUGGAUGUUCACAUUCACCUUUUGCUCCUGCAAAGCUGGAUCCCAGUGGCUGAGGGAAUAUUUCUUAGGUUGGAAAGUCCCAUCAGCAGAUGGAGAUCUUCAGGACUCUGCAGUGUUUUGCAUACAUUGUCAUACACAGGAAACAAGACACGUGCAUGAGGACACUGAUACUUGCACCUUCUUGCUGCAUGGGUGCAGGACAUGGCAGUCUAGGUGAAAU